AUGGCUUCUGAUAUACAGACUCAAGUAAUUCUUCAUAGUACUCAAGCGUCCUUCAAGAAUUUGGAAAUCACAAUGGGACAAAUUGCUACAUCUCUGAGCAAGCUGGAAGCUCAUAAUUCUGGAAGAUUACCUUCCCAGCCAGAGAGUAACUCAAGAGCAAAUAAGAGGUCCCAUAAAACAACCAUGCCAACCUAUGUCCCUAUUCCACAUUUUCCAAGCAGAUUAAGAAAGACUAAGAAGGAAGAGAUAGACAAUGAGAUAUUAGAAGCAUUUAGAAAGGUGGAGGGUGAUGAAAAGAUAAUUGUGGGGCAGAACGUCUAUGCUGUUCUCCAAAAGAAGCUGCCACCAAAAUGCAAGGAUCCUGGAACCUUUACAAUUCCUUGUAUGAUUGGGAGUAAAAAGAUUGAGCGGUGUCAAACACAUAUAAAUAUUGUGGUGUUAUAUAAUGGAUCGUGGGAACAAGUUUUGAACGAAGGUUGGUCAUUUAGUGCUAAACAAAGCAAGGGUAUGAAGGUGCCAAAGACUAUCACUUACAAUAGUCUUGUUGAUCAAUUGUAUACUUUAAUCGGAGCUGACAAGUCUCGUAUUGAUCUUGACUUAAAUGUAAUCUAUCAUUUUGGAAGUAAAGGUAUCCCUCCAUCUUUGAUUAGUAAUGAUGAUGAUGUUUCUUUUUUUCUUGAUGAGAUAGGAACAUCUAUCAAUCAUCGGACACCCCUAUGUGUGUCUACUAUAGAGAAGAGAAGUAAUGAUCAUUUGGUUACUAAAACACAUGAUAAUGAAAAUAUUGAUAGGCCUACCUGCAAUGAUGUACUUGUGAAGCAUAAUUUACAACAGUCAACCUCCAAUGAAGUAUUGAAGAGCCAUGAUUCCUCAAAUAAUAGAAGUCGUAAAGUAAGACAGGUUGGUGAAGAUAAUCUAUGGAGUACUCCACUUUUGUUGAAUCAAGGGGAAAAAGGCUCUACUUCAGCCUCAACAGCUCAAUUACUGACAUCUUCUUCGAGUAUCAAUUCGUGGGAAAUAAAAGAGGGUCAAAUAUUUGAGAACAAGCAAGAGUUGAAGAUGAAACUCCAUCUUUAUGCAUUAAAGAAAAACUUUGAGUUUAAAGUAAAGAAGUCUGCGAAAAAUAUAUGGUGUACAGUAUGUGUUGAUGAUAAAUGCAAAUGGAGGUUGAGGGCUACAAAAUUGGUUAAUUCCAAUAUGUUCGAGGUUCGUAAAUUUUUCGGUGAACACAUAUGUUCAUUGGAUGUUCGACAUAAAGAUCACCGUCAGGCAUCCCCAUGGCUUAUUGGACAUGUCAUAAGGAGAAAAUUUGAGGGUGAUAAUGUUAAUUACAAGCCAAGGUCAAUUGUAAAAGAUAUGAGUUUAUCAUAUGGAGUUCAUAUGAGCUAUGCUAAAGCUUGGAGGUGUCAAGAGCAUGCAUUGGCUUACUUAAGAGGUACACCAGAAUCAUCAUUUCAGAAACUUCCCUCAUUUCUAUACAUGAUGGAGCAAAAAAAUCCUAGAACUGUUACUCAUUUGCAGAUGGACAAUGAAGGUAGGUUCAAAUAUUGCUUCAUGGCCUUAGGUGUUUCUAUAAUGGGGUUUAAAACAUAUAUUCGCCCAGUUAUAUGUGUAGAUGGAACCUUCUUAACUACUCGGUGUGGAGGUACUUUGUUAUGUGCCAUGGGACAAGAUGCUAACAAGCAAAUAUAUCCAAUUGCAUUUUCAGUAGUUGACUCAGAGAAUAAUGACUCAUGGUUGUAUUUUCUACUGAGGUUGAAGGAAGCGAUUGGUGAAGUGGAGAAUCUAGUAUUCAUGUCUGAUAGGCAUACUAGUAUAGCAAGUGCCUUGACUAAAAAUUUUCCUAAGGCACACCACGGUGCUUGUAUACAUCAUGUUAGCAUGAAUAUCCGUGCGAAGUUCAAAACUGACCAUUGCCAUGAAGAAUUCUUCCUUGCAGCAAAAGCUUAUAGAAAUCGAGAGCUUUUACGCCAUUUUGAGAAGAUUAAAUUCAAAGAUCUUGCAAUUGCUCAAUACUUAGAGAAUCAAGUGGGUUUUGGAAAGUGGGCUCGUUCUUUCUUUCCUGGUCAUCGAUAUAAUUUAAUGACAACAGGUAUUGCCGAAAGCUGGAACAAUGUCAUUGCUGAGGCACAUGGGUGGCCAAUUACUUGUCUCAUGGAAUUUAUGAGGCACACUUUACAAAAAUGGUUUUUCGAGCGUCGAACUGCAGCAUCAGCGGCUACAGGUCCUCUUGCCACAGAAGUGGAAGCUGAUUUGCGAAAGUUAGCAGACAAGUCCACUACCUCGUUCCCUUUUCCGUCUUGUCAAUAUGAAAUAACAGUAUUGGAUGGUGAUCUUGAUGGAGAUGUCGACCCGAGGAGGAAAACAUGUAGUUGUAGAAGAUUUGAUUUGACAGGUCUUCCUUGCGAACACGCUCUAGCUGGUGCUCGAGAUCGUGGCAUUAGUCCAUAUAGUUUAUGCUCUAGAUUCUACACAGUUGAAGCGUGGUUGUCAUCCUAUGGUGGAUCUAUAUAUACGUUGGGUAAUGAAGAAUAUUGGGUGAUACUAAAUGACAUAGGAAGUAUGAUGAUAAAUCCUCCUUUAGUGAAGCAGAAGGCUGGUCGUCCAAAGAAGAAACGACGUUUAUCAAAGGCUGAGAAGAAUAGCAAACAACGUAGAUGUAGUAGAUGUGGUGUCCUAGGCCACAAUCGAAUUGGUUCAGUAAUACGACUUUUUGUGUUAAAGUUUGUUGUUUCGGACACACCUAAUUCAUACAUGCACGUAAAGUAUUAG